AUGCUCAUGCUUCUUUCCGUUUUCGUUUUUGGGUUCGUUGGUUUAUCAGAAGCAGCUAAUUGUAGAUAUCCACACGAGAAAUUUAUUGGAACCAGAUGUUACUCCUUUGUCUCAAAGCGCCAUCCAUAUGCAGCUGCUGAAGAGUACUGUCACAGUCAUGGAUACAAGUUAGCAACUGUUGAUUCCGCAAUUACUGCUAAUUUCUUAGCUUCAUCCGCCGGUACCGAAUUCGGGUCAAACAAUGGCCAAUUCUGGAUUGGGUUAUCAAGAAAGAAAGAUUACACUUUGUUCUUCUGGGACGAUGGUACGAGUGUAGCUUACACAAACUUUGAAGCCGGAUUCCCAAACACAAAAGACUAUGUAGCUGAAAAUGUGAGAAACGGAAGGUGGCAAACACAUGCUCAGCACAUCGAACUCGAAUUUGUAUGUUCUUAUGAUCCAUUAGCGACAACUACACUUGCUCCAACUACAACAGUGACAACCACUCGAGUUCCAACAACCACUACAGUCAAAAAAACUACACCAACUACAGUUACCACAGUGACUACUCGUAAGCCUACUACGGUUACCACAACCACUACUAUUCCUCCAACGACUACACCAAAAGCGUGUCCUCGUGGAUUCACUCUGUUCGAAGCUACACAAAAGUGCUAUAUUGUGCUUGUCUACGGAAAUGAUUCGGAUUUUCCAGAUGUACCGGAUGAUGCUCCAUUCUUGACCAGAGAAAAUCAAAGAUGUGCCAAAUACGGAGCCACUAUUGCCACGGUUCACUCAUCAGAUUUGAAUGAUCUUUUUAGAUCUCUGAUCUAUGACCGUUUCAAUGACACCCGAUAUGCCACAAUCGGACUUCGUAACACCGAUCUUAAAACUCUCGGAGGAAAAUGGCAAUGGUUUGAUGGAUCGGCAACUGAUUAUCUAAACUUUGGAAAUAUGUUCCCAAAGACUGGUGAUUAUAUUGCACAGACGUCAUCACAAGGUUUCUGGGUCACAUACACCCACACAGCUCCGAACGAAGGAGUUGUUUGUUCUGUGGAUUUUUAA